CGUGAAAAUCACUCAUUUGUUCGAUUUUUUUCAGGGACUGAAAAAGUUGGACAGCGAAUGCCAGAAGCUAUCGCGAAAAUGGGGAUUUUUCUGCCUCGUAAUGCUUUCAGGAACUACCCACUUCACUCCGAUGCUAUGAAUAGAGAGAAGAUUGGCAGCAGCGGGAGAAGUAUGGUGUAACAGAUUGGGAGAGUAGAAAGGAAGAAAUGUACAGCUCCAUCACUCAGAAAUAAUUUCAUCUUGCAUGUGACCUCACUUCCUGGAAAGUGUCCCUCCUACAGUCAGUGCCGGUGAAUAUCAGGUUGCUCCCCCCCCACCCCCUUCUCUCUCUUAUCUGUGUUGUAAAGUUUUACGGCAUUCAAGUCCUGGGGGCGUAAGGCUCACCACACCUUAGCUGCAUGGUCUGUCUGCUGCUUCUGUACAUUAGACGAUUCAGAGAUGAGUCAAAAUAAAGAUCAGGACUAACAUUUGGAACUUAAUCAGGUCAAAGGGAUUUUCUGUGAAAGCCGCACGUCCCACCACACAGUCAUCAUGGAUAAGGCAACAAAAGAUGAUAUUUACGCAUAUGCGCUGUCAAAGACGCUGACAAAAGUUUCGUCGCCUGCAACUGUAGGCCUCUACUCUUCAUGUCAGAAUCGAAUUAACAUGAUCCUCGAACAAAUGGAAGCGUGCACAAAGCAGGAAUCAUUAAGGAUAGAGCGGGAAAGCAAAGGAAGAUACAGACCUCGCCCAGUCCCGCCUUCAUUUUGUGGCUUUCUCGCACUCAUUGGCCGAAUGCUCUUCUACAACCCCAUUUGGACAAAGGAGAACCAGCACCACCGUAACAUCAGGUUCAUUUAUGUACAGUUUAGUGCCUGGCAUUUUGCAGGCAGUGACCUGCUUUGGGCCGGCUUGGCCAUACGGCUGCUUCAAGCAAUGCAGAUAAACUUUGGGAAGUUACAGCUUGUCGUCUACCGUGUGGCUCAAUAUGACGAGGAAGACGAAGUCAAGAAGAAGAUAGUGGAGGAUGGUCCUAACCAUUGGCGUUCCAAAAAGAUCUGCUGCUGCCCUCUGUGGUUUUUUGUCCUGUCCAUUAUUGCGAUACCAGUUUUCAUCCUGAUAUUCUUUUUGACUGUUAUCGUUCCCCAACAAGAGAUCCAAACAAACGGGACAGUGACUUCUUCAAAAGGCCAAACGGAUGUGCUGCAUGGCCUGCUCAUCGCCGUGUUAGGAGUCCCUGCAGCGUCCGCACUGAGGUUUGUUUUUAUGAUGGCUAAGAACCUCAUCGUAAACCUGGAUCUGAACAUCACGAAGGGGAUGGACAAUGAGAAGGUAAGCUGCCAACUGGGCUUCAUGAACCAAGUGAGGAAAGAAAUGUGGUUUCUGUCUCGAUUUAUCCAGUUUAUGGAGGUGUUUGAGAGGAGGAGGAUCCGUGUGGUACUGAAGAUCACCAAUCUGGACCGCUGCCCCCCCAAGAAAAUGGUUGCAGUUCUGGAUGCAGUCAACAUUCUGCUUUCAGAAGAGGAAAGUCCAUAUAUUUCCAUUCUGGCUGUCAACCCAGAUAUUGUUGUGCAGAAAGUGAACUUUGCAGAUGGCUGCUUCAGCAAACAAGACAGAGCUUAUGCACUGUUGAACCAAAUCGUGACUCUGGCCUUCACAGUCCCACCACUGUGCGAUGAUUCAAAACAGAGUUUAUUUCAAAGCCUCACUAGCAGUUCAAAAACCCCUCGGAACAUAAGCAUGAAUGUACUUAAACAUAGAACUGGGAGCCUUGUAAAGACAUCUUCCUCAGAUUUAUUUGGAGUGGAGAUUGCACAUGGAACUAAAGAGGUAUAUCCACUGAUGGAUAAGCCUAAAACUGCACUAGCAGUGGAUGUAAACGAGGAGGAGGUAGAGAAUCUGGUUAGGAGCAUCCUGACCAGCAACAAUACAAAGCUGAGCAAGUAUAUGGUAGAGGAUGCCAUGUCUAUGAGGAGGGCGAUCAACUCCAUUCGAGUAACUGUGAUAAUCUUAAAGGCCUUGAAGCAAGAGCUUCCUGAACCAGAAUACAUUGCAGCAUGGGUGAUCCUGGCCAAUCAGUGGCCUUGCCGCCUCAGCUGGAUCAUCCAGUGCGUGGAAGACGCUCAGCAGAGAGCAGGUACUGAUGGUAUCAAUGAAGCCAAUGCUGAUGAUUCAAAGACCUUGUGGAAAGUCUUCAGUGAGUCCAGGGCAGAGCUGUAUGUGAUGAGUGGACAUAUCGAGGACCUCCUCGAGCAGGAUGGAGAUCCUGAGAUGUUUGAAAGACUUCUCAUGGUAGAUUUCCAAUUCACUGUAAAAGACUUGAAGACAUAUGAAAUGGCCAUGGUGAACCUGGACUAUUCGAUGAGGAAGGAGCUGGCUUACAUCAGAGGGACAGCCAGGCUGAAAGAUUCUGGUUGGAUGAGGGACCUAGCUCCUCUGCCAAUCACAACCAUCAUCAAAAUGAACACAGAGGAUGUGUGCAAAGAGUUGGAGAGAAUGGAAUUCCCCAGUAAGUAUAGUAAUAUUGUAAGAAGCAAUGACCUCCACGGUUCGGCACUGGUCUUCGGUGAUGCAGAUGACCUUAAAGCCCUCCUAGAUAUGACCUUUGGUGAAUGGGCAACUUUCAGACUUCACUUCCUGGGUUUACCAUCACGUCUCCGACCACAAUACAGGAACAUGUCACCGACCCCCUCUCAGCCUCAGCUGUCAGCAACUCCCCUCCAUGUUCGACAUCACUACAUGAGUAACCCCAAUCUAGUUAACAGCCACAUGUAAGAAUCCAAUCCAUUUCCAGUAAGUGCGUUAUCCCUAAAAAAUAUGAUCUAACAUUUGUUAACGAUCUUUGUAGUAACAAUACACAGCUUGUGCAGAGAGUGGGAGUUUAAGUGUGAAGUAAAUACAUAUUCACCUUGUUUAGCUACAGGAGCUUGUUAUAAACUCUUGUUGCUGCUUAGAAAAUGUUUAGUCUCCUGCAACCAUGUCAAAUAACUAUCACGUACAUAGCUUAACUUAAAGGAGCUAUAUGUAAGAAAUCUAAAGCAAACAGUCGUAAAAUCAUCCUAAUAUGUCACAGAGACUAAGGAAUAAUGUCAAUAUAACAUACUGAUCUCACCGACAACAAUAGUACAGCCAAAAUAUUCGCAUUUUAAAAAAAAAAAAUUACGGUCUGCAAAUCAUGUUUAUGUUUUGAAUUUGUCUUUUGGCCUGUUGCGCCACCCACAGCCGUCUACCAGUCACGCAGUCAGUAGAGUCUCAGCAUCAGUUACAGUUACGACUGAGCUACAAUGGCUGACGGUGCGACUAAACCCAAACGACCUCAUUAUGAUUCCCAAAAACGCCAAGACAAAACUCGAGGCAAAGCGAGGGUCUAUACAGGAGAUGCUUUUGAACGGUGGAGACGGUUGAAAGCGGAGAAGAAUUUGAAAUCGGAUGUCGAAGUAGCUACUCUUCUCCUUGACAGGUAACGUUAAGCUUUAGCCAAAGUUGGCUAACUAGCAUCAUAGCUAGAUGGGGAUGGACAUUUCGAAUAUUUUCAACUGUUAUUCAUUUUCGAUUAUACAUUGUAGCCCAUGUGCAGGUGGGUCAUCGACCCAACUGAUUUUUUUUGAGAAACAAACGUUAGCAGCACGGCAAGCAGCAUUAGCAGUGUCCCGGUACAUAGCAUUAGCAGCCGGCUCCUCCUCAGCUGUAUCCCGGCAGCAGCGUUAGCAGCAGAGAAGCCGGACUUGCUCAAACGGUCCGCUGGAAAACCGAAGAUCAAGGACGCGGUGACGCGGCCCUGCCACGCAGCCCUGCCACGGCAGCCGCCUGUGGGCAAACAAAUCAGUCUCCAGCGUGCCGCUGUCCAGCAACCUCGAAUCUGUAGGGGAGGGGGGACGGACACGACUCACGGCAGUAUUUUGAAUCUGAGUGCAGUAACCACUUUGGCCACAUUCUUACAUACAGCGCCUUUAAGGGAGACAAACCCAACAACGACAACUGUAAGUCAUACCCAAAUGUCUAAUUAUGUGUAUCAGCCUUAGUUGCCCUGAUUGUGGGUUUGUGUUUUGCAAGGAUCACAUUAUCCUCAGGGCCCUGGUAUUGUGCAUGCUGGCUCACUGUCACACUUUGACGGCUUCACUGUGACACUUGAAUAAAAUGGAGGUAUUUGUAAUAUCACUCAUAACACAAAGGCCUCUUGUGAGACGACACUUGAUUUUUUCCUGUCGAUGUGUCAAUUAAGGGAAGGUGGAAAAUUAAAGAGGAUCGGGAGGAUAAUAAGCUGUGUAACAUGCUACCUGAAAAAAAGACCGACUGUGUUAAUAUUUCUUUUAAAGUCAUUUUCAAUACUACUUGAAAUGUAUUAAAACGUGUAACUAAAUAUGACAUGAACUUUUUGUUGGAAAUUAAGAAGCUGAAAUGGCUUUAAGUCUUUCAAUCAUCCUUUGCAUGUGAACAAAGAUAUGUAUCUUAAAUUGAGGGGUGUUUCGUCAGCGACUCAGAGUUUAGUUCACUGUAAGAGUCAACAGGAGGCUCUUUCAUGAACAAAAUUUCAACUUGAUUGUAUGAUUGUACUUGUUGCAUGUUUUUGAUUUCUUCUCAUAGUGUUUUUCACAUUUUGGUUGGGCUGUAAGUUUUACUGUUACUUUGUUCUGGAAUUAGUGAAUGUUUAUUAGAGGUGUGUGAUGUGCCUGUGUGAUGUGAAUGCAUGCUGCAAGUUUCAAAAGUCUUAGUCAAAGAAUUUCAACUGCAUGUUCAGGUUGUGGGAGUCCCUUUGAUGCCUUUACAAAGGUGUAUCUGGUAUUUCAUCGAUUGAAAUUCACUAUAAUGUGUUUGCAAAUAUUUCAUUGAUCCUUCAGAAGAAAAUAAGAACUUAUUAAUACUGUACAUGUGCUGCACUAAACUGUAACCCUCCAUUUCAUGCAAAUCAAAAACAUGUAAAUUCUGACAAAUGAAAUGCAUGUGCAAGUGUCCCAUAAUAAAAAUGCUCAUCCAAGCACUUCUCCAUCUUUCU